GGGGCACUUUCAAUUACUAGGUAGGUAGUUUGACGCCAACGCGAUUGCCAUUCCAUCAUCUCUAACCACUAGGCCGGGCCAGGGUCCAAACCCAAACUUGCCUGGUCCCAAUUCCCCGGAUUACCUUUCAUUAUAUUCAUGCGCCUUCCCGUCACCGGGACUGUUUGUGAAUCUGUGUGAAAUCGAAGGAGUAGGGCAGCCCGGAGCUUCCCCUCGCCUUCCGAGAAUUCUCGACAAUGACUCUCUCAACCCUCGGCGUCCUUGCCGUCAUCCUACCUCUCCUCUACAUGUACACCUCCUCCGUCGCGCAAACGCGAUUGCCCACGCUGCGCAACAAGCGCAUCUGUUUGCUGAUAGCGCACCCAGACGACGAGGCCAUGUUCUUUGCGCCUACGGUGCUAGCCCUGACCCGCCCAGAGUCCGGCAACCACGUCAAGAUUCUGUGUCUGAGCUCCGGCAACGCCGACGGACUAGGCGAGGUCCGCAAGAAGGAGCUCGUUAAGAGCGGCUUGCUGUUAGGCCUGAAGCAUGAGGAUGAUGUCUUGGUUAUAGAUAGCCCCGACUUCCAAGACUCUAUGACCAUAACCUGGGAAGCCGACAAAAUCUCCUCCCUCCUCACCUCUGCCUUCGCGCCGAACCUCACCUCUCAAAAGUCCUCUAAUUCCAACCCUGCCGCCACCAUCGACGCUCUCCUCACAUUCGACGCGCACGGCAUAUCUUCGCAUCCAAACCACAUAUCCCUAUACCACGGGGCGCGAACCUUCAUCUCCUCCUUAACACGGGGCAAGCCUGGCUGGGCCUCCCCCGUCGACCUCUACACGCUAACCACGGUCUCGUUACCGCGUAAAUACUUUGGUUUCCUCGACGUCUUUCCCACCAUAUUAUCGCUGGUCAUAAACGGCGGUGGCGAGCGUAGGAGCGACAAAGGCAACCCGGGGGCGCUCGUCAGCAUGAGCGCGCUAGCAGGCGGAGGUCGCGAGAGCUACGGCACGGCGCGGCUAGCCAUGACCGAGGCACACAAGAGUCAGAUGGUUUGGUUUCGGUGGGGCUGGAUUGCGUUAAGCCGGUAUAUGUAUAUUAAUGACUUGAAGCUGGAGAGGGUCAAGUCGUGACUAUCCUCGUGCAGGUCGGACAAUGGCGAUUAAUGCUAGUACGUAGAAAUCGUGAAUAUAUAUCACAAGACAUCUAUUGAAC